AGUGACUUCCUGUUAGGUUAUUUCGCACCAAAAUAAGCGCGCCACUUGAUAACAAAUAAUGAAGUUAAGAUUUUCUUAGUGUGAAUAAAACUACUGUAGAGCUCUAGAUCUAAUUGAAUUCUGAUUACUGGAUUUUUAAUUAUAAGAGAAAAAAAAAUGAAGCUCUCUAAUAAUGCGAUUCUCCAGAUUCUUCAUGAAUUGACACCUGAAAAUCCCAAAUUUCAGGUUAUAAAUGCAAAGAAAAUAGAGUCAGCAGCCAACUCAGUGGAUCGUUAUAGGCUUCUGCUAUCGGAUGGAGAUUACUUGUAUUCUCAUGUCAUGUUAGCAGCCCAACUUAACAGAUUUAUGGAAAGCAAUGAAAUUACUAAUUAUGCAGUUAUUGAAGUGACAAAAUAUAUGUGUAAUAAAUUGGCUGGGGACAAACGUGUUAUUAUAAUUUUGGAUCUUAAAGUUCUUGCUUCAGGAGCAGACGUUGGAGAAAAGAUAGGCAAUCCUACUGUCAUUAACCCAAGUGAAAUACCUCCACUGAGCUCUCUUAAAGAAGAUGUACCAGAGCAGAAAGUUUCUCUACCAACAUCAAAACCUUUGGCCACAAAUAACCAUUUUGGAAAGUUUGGAGGAUCAAAUCCAGAAAAUAACAAUCAGAAGCUGAGUAAGCCCUCAACACCAUCAACGCCAUCUUCGCGUGUUCAUUCAAUUACAAGUUUAACACCUUAUCAAAAUCGUUGGCGCAUUAGAGCUAGGGUUACAUUCAAGUCUAAUAUUCGCACAUGGAGCAAUUCAAAAGGUGAAGGGAAGCUUUUUAAUGUCAACCUGAUAGAUGAAUCAGGUGAAAUUAGGUGCACAGGUUUCAAUGAACAGCUGGAUAAGUUUUAUGACAUGCUGGAAGUCAAUAAAGUCUACUAUUUCUCUAAAUGCUCUUUGAAAACAGCCAAUAAGCAGUAUUCCAACUUGAAAUGUGACUAUGAAAUGACUAUGAAUGCAGAAACUAUCAUUGAACCUUGCAACGAUGGGGCAGAUUUACCAUCAUUGACUUUUGAGUUUGUUAAAAUCUCAGAACUGGAUAAGUUUAAGCCUAAUUCCAAUGUUGAUAUUGUUGGCAUUGUGAAAGUAUGCAAUGAUGUCUCAUCUGUGGUCAGCAAACAGACUCAGAAAGAAAUUGUCAAACGUGACCUUCAGCUGGUAGACCAGUCUGGAGUUGCUGUGAAUCUAACAUUGUGGGGAGAUGAUGCCACCAAGUUUGAUGGCCAGGGCUUCCCUGUUAUUGCUGUCAAAGGAGCCAGAGUUUCUGACUUCAAUGGACGCUCCUUGUCAGUAUCUGGAAGUAGUCAGCUUAUUGUCAAUCCGGGCAUUCCUGAAGCUUUUACUCUUCGUGGAUGGUUUGAAAAUGAAGGGCGAGAUCAUCACUUCAGCACUUUCCAGGGAGAUGGUGGUUCAGGUGCUGGACAUUCUCCCAACUAUAAAACAUUUAUUCAGGUUAAGAAUGAAAAUCUUGGCCAAGGAGAAAAGGCUGACUACUAUACAGCCAAAGGAACUGUCAUGUUUAUCAAGAAAGAUAACUGCAUGUACCAAGCAUGUCCAACUGCUGACUGCAAUAAAAAACUGGUUGACCAAGGCAAUGGACAUUACAGGUGUGAGAAAUGCAAUAGAGAAUUUCCCAAUUACAAAUGGAGAAUGAUUCUCAAUGCAAAUGUUGCAGACCAUACAGACAAUCAGUGGAUUACUUGUUUUCAAGAGUCUGCAGAAGCUCUGCUUGGGAUCCCUGCAGAUGAGCUGGGUGAAAUGCGAGAAAAGGAUGAGAGUCAGUUUGACAGAGUCAUAAAUGAAGCUUUGUUUAAGAAUUACUUAUUUAAGCUGCGAGCCAAGGUUGAAACCUACAAUGAUGAAAGCCGCCUAAAAACUGUUUGUAUGGCAGCAAAUCCAGUUAACUACAUAGAUUAUGGAAACUUGCUUUUGGAAAGGCUUUCACAGUUGGGAAUUUAAGGGAGAUGGUAGGGAGUCUUUGUCACAGAAUAACAGUAAUUAUGAUUUUGUGACUAUUGAGUCAAUUUUUUUUCUUAGCUCUUACUCUUGUAUAAUUUCCAUAACAAUCAAGAAAUUUAUGUUAAUGCUGAAAAGAAACAUGUUUCAUUUCAAAGUUGAAUGUCAUUUAUAAAAUUAAUUUCCUAUAUGUGGAUAUUGGUUGUAAAAUUACCAAAAGAAUUUAUUUUGUUUAAUUAUACUGAAAUUGACAAAGUUUUUCAGCUAUAUAUAGUGGAAAGUUGUGAUCUGAUGACUUUGCAUAAAUCCAUACUACUAACUCAUUGUUUUUUAGUUUGAAACCUCUGGUGGUGAUAAGAACUAGAUGUAAUUUCCCAAUACAUUUUUUAAUGAUAAGUGGUUGAUAACAAACUAGUGCAACAAAUCAUGCCCCUGUUGAUCUUAAAAAGCAUCUAUUCUUUUACUUCAUAUUUUAGUAGUAUUAGUUGGCUAAAAAACUAAUGGUUACUUUUCAUAUACAUUUAUUUUGUUGUUUUUUCUUUCACAGAUGUGUGAAAAAUUUUCAUGUAAAAAAUUGGUAUCUGUGAACCACUUUAUAUUGAUUUUUUGUUAUGCCUCUUGAUUUGCUAUGCUGAGUGAAACAAAAAAUGUUUGUUGAUAAUUUGUAGUCAGAUAAGUAGACCCUGUUGUCCAUCACUCUUAAUGUGUAUCAUAUAAAACCUUUGUUCAUUUUUUCAUAAAAAAUUAAGUAUAAAUUACAUUGACUUCUUACAAUGUAAUUAAGGAGAAAAUGAAUGUCACUCCAUAUUAAUGGUUUUAUAAAUUGGUGGAUCUUUUUAUCCACUUCACAUGAUUCAUAGAAAUAUGUUGGAAUAUAUUGAUUGCAUUAAAUUUAUUUCAACUUCC